CAUAUCCUUCGCAAUAGAAGCAGUUAUUUUGGAAGAAAAAAAACCCCAAAAAAUGAACGAGAAAGGCGUCUGAGGAGGAAAGAAGAGAAAAACGAGAGUGAUCCACUUACAGGUGAAAGCAAAGAGGAUUCAGGAAAGGCAAAGCAGCCAUGGUUGCAGCAAUCUCAGUGACGUCAUCGCGGUUCCUCGUCUCGAGCUCCCGCCGUUCUCCGUUCCAACUGUGCGUCUCCGGUGCAAACAGUACACUACUCUUAUGCCCAAGCAACAACAGCCACAGGCACAGCUUUGCCGGAGGUGACAGUUCAGGGAUACGAUGCAUGGCUCUGGAGACUGAGCCGGAGGCGAAGUCAAAGAAGAGAAGUGCGUUUGAGAUUGAGACCCUUACAAAUUGGUUGCUGAAACAAGAACAAGCUGGUAACAUCGAUGCCGAGCUCACGAUUGUGCUCUCUAGCAUUUCUACGGCGUGUAAGCAAAUUGCUUCUCUUGUGCAGAGAGCCGGCAUCUCCAAACUCACUGGUGUUCAGGGCGCCGUUAACAUUCAAGGAGAAGAUCAAAAGAAGCUUGAUGUCGUCUCUAACGAGGUGUUCUCUAAUUGCUUGAGAUCAAGUGGACGGACGGGCAUCAUAGCAUCAGAGGAAGAGGACGUGCCAGUUGCGGUGGAGGAGAGUUACUCAGGGAACUACAUUGUCGUAUUCGACCCACUCGACGGAUCUUCCAACAUUGAUGCUGCCGUCUCCACCGGAUCAAUCUUUGGUAUCUACAGCCCCAACGAUGAAUGCCUUGCUGACGUCAGUGAUGAAUCUGCCACGUUAGACAAAAUCGUACAGAAGUGUGUGGUGAAUGUAUGCCAACCUGGCAGCAAUUUAUUGGCUGCAGGCUACUGCAUGUACUCCAGCUCAGUGAUCUUUGUGUUGUCCAUAGGGAAAGGAGUGUUUGCCUUCACCUUGGACCCAAUGUAUGGAGAGUUCGUUUUGACCCAAGAGAGUAUACAGAUACCCAAAUCAGGUAAGAUCUACUCCUUCAAUGAAGGAAAUUACCAGUUAUGGGAUGACAAACUGAAGAAAUACAUGGAUGACCUCAAAGACCCUGGACCUACUGGGAAACCCUACUCUGCCCGUUAUAUUGGUAGCCUUGUCGGCGAUUUUCACCGGACACUUCUCUACGGCGGAAUCUACGGAUACCCGAGGGACAAAAAGAGCAAGAAUGGGAAACUUAGGCUCUUAUAUGAAUGUGCACCCAUGAGCUAUCUAGCGGAGCAAGCUGGAGGGAAAGGUUCCGAUGGCCACCAAAGAGUACUCGAUAUUCAACCAACUGAGAUACAUCAGCGUGUGCCACUUUACAUUGGAAGUGUUGAAGAAGUUGAGAAAUUGGAGAUGUAUUUGGCUUGAUAAUGAUCUCAAGACGCCAAUAUGCCCUCCUCAUUUUGGUUGCUCGUAAAGAUGAUUGAUUCUAUUCUAGUAGUGCAUCCUCAUUCCCCAGUGUAUAUGAAACGUUGUAGCUUUAAACUUAAAAAGCUUGGGGCAAGCCUGAAUGAAUUUGAAAAUAUUUAUAAUGCA